GCUGAAUUCCGUUUUGUGACAACGUUGCGGGACAUGUCUCGACGUGGUCACGAGUCAGAUGAAAGCAGCAUGGUUUCACUGCAAGGGUUGGAUCUUGAAGACCCGGCUGCACCCUGCCCUUUUCUAAUUCGUGUGCUGCUGCCUGUGAUCUACUCGCAUGCCAUUGUCAGGCUCGUACCUCGCUUGUUAUCUAUUCCCCCUACUGUUCUACGUCCGUGUCAGUCGAGCGUGAGUUUGAGCGUACUUUCGACCGCUGUGUAGUUACGGUUCACCGUCAGCGUUUUCUGCUGCGUAUUUGCGUGUUGAGAUUUUGUUCUUGCAGCUAGUUGUUGGUCACUAUCCGCGUCUCCAUAGUUUCUGAAUGAGCUCUCUUCUUGUGAGGUACGGUUUAUGUGCACAUUCUUGACCUGGCCCAUCUGGUUGAGAGAAUCGAGUUUGCAAGAAGAGAGAGAGAGAGAGAGUCUUACGUGACCUCCACACUUGUCUGCUAUGUUGGCUCUUUCUGUCCCUUCCGCCUGGCUGUUCAUGGGCUUGGUUAGUAGAGGAAAUCGACCUCUGGCUUCAACUCUACGCACAGUUACGUUGGAUGUAUUUAGGUGAUUCAGAUCAAUCUCUAGAAGUUCGACAUUUUGGAUCCACGAUUGUCAUGACUUAGUUUAGCUUUCGCGAGUUGUAAGGGCUCUAAAUUAUACGAUGCCUUCUCUUCACGCUUUGUGAUGUUCGCGCAGGACGAAGGAGGAUUGAACUCUUCGGCAGUGCAUCCCAAGUUUCCAGAGUUGAUACUGUCCUGGUGAUUCCAUGGUGCAGAGCUGCUGAGGAUGCUGACCUCAAUUAUGAUAAUCUUGAUGUGGUUGUGUUAAGAGCAUUGCCUCAUUAAUUGACUGAUUCGCUUAGAGUUCUUGGUUCUACGGUGGCACUACCGUUUUCCAUGGUAACUUCCAGUGCAGUUGUGGAUGGUGGGCAGUGCAAGGGCAGUGAUGGUCUGGCCAAGCUGCCUUCUAGAACUCUGGUGUAUGACACAGAGACAGGAAGCCUUCGCUAUCCCAAAUCCAGGACUAACUUCAAAGCCCAUCCGAAAUCUCCUCAGCUCACUCUUAGGUCCUCCAUUUUCGAGGUUGAUAAUGACCAGUUUGGAGUGGACUGCUACUUGGGCCGGGAUCACCACGGAGCAGGAUCAGGCGACAAUAGUCCCACAUGUGUUAUACAAAACUCGGCCAGACGAAGCAACUCCAGCAGUCCUACAAUGUCCAUAAUAUCGAAGGCAUCCAGUGAAUCAGGCAGAACAUUUGAAUCAGAAGGAAGCUUUAGAGGUACAGGGCGGGCACGGACGUCCCCUUCAGAGUGUGAGGAGAGUUCCUGUUGUGCAUUCCCUGGGUCAGAGCCUCGGAAGACUGGAGAUGCUCAAGGACCAAACAAGCAAGGCGGUAACACUCCCCGAAAAUCAGGAGUGAUAGGACUAUCUGUACAACCCACGGAGAAUGCUUUCAGCGGUGCCGAAGGGAACGGCUGGUCAGCUUCGCACGAUGCUUCCAGCGGAAAGUCAAAGAAAACAAUAACGGCUCCUCUCAGACCCACUCUGUUGGCAGGUGCAGAUAAGACGGCCUCAGAAACUGUAAAGAAGAAAAAAUAUGGCGUUUUCACUGCGUCAAAACCUACAAAUAUCAAGAGCAAUCCCUCAAAAUUCUUAACCUUCAACUCAGCCUACGUAUCCAACAUGGAGGAUUUUGACAGAAGUCAUCACGACUGUGCGAAGGACUCUGACCUGGGUUUGAGUCGCCACGUUCAGAGGACUAUUAUGACUCCUCUGCUGAAACCCAUUCCCUCAAAAUGGGAUGACGCGGAGAAGUGGAUACCUAGAGGUGAUAAAAUCAAAUCAAUGAGAGCGAAAGUGCGAAGUGGUCCUCCCUUGAUCCAGAUGGUUGCGAGACAGGAUGGUGUAACAACACCCUGGAAGAGUUCUUCAACUGAUCCACAUCCUGACACACACUUGAGACCUGCGCAACGCUCUCAAUCAGAACUCGGUGAAAAUGCUGGUGAUGGUGCCGGUACUUGCGUCUCACUUAAGUACGUGACUGAAGUUGCGGAAGAAGAUAUUUCCAAGGUGGCAGCAGAUGAAAAGGAAAGAUUGGAUUCAAUUUGUCCACUCCGGAGUGUGCAGUCAUACGGCGGAAGCUCAUCACCAGAAUGUACUGGUAGCUUCUUAAAGCUUGGGGCACGAGUAAAGAAACCCCUUGAGGAAACCUCACCUGCCAUGAAGGAUGUAGGUACUGCAAUGACACCGACAGCAUCGGUGGAGCCCUCACGAGCAGGAACCCCUAUCGGAACACCAGGUUCAGGGAACAGGGCUGAUAUGUUGCAAGUAAGUUCGCUCCGCCAUCAUGAGAAUGAUGCUGCGCCCACGGAUAAAAGUGGUGGUGCGGAGUCUCUGAGGGUAUGGACUGCGAAGGAAUUGCAGGAGAAAACGAGGCUUGAAAUUGUGGCACUAGGAACCCAGCUUGGCAAGGUGAACAUUGCUGCCUGGGCUGCAAGAGAUGAAAAAUAUUUGUCAACUCCCGGAAGUAGAUCCAAAGAUGCACUCGAGGUGGAACAUAUUUGGACAGAUGCGGUUGCAACUAAAGCUGCCGCGACGGAGGAAGCGGAAAAAGCUAAGCUUAACUCGAGGUUCCAGCUGGAACAGGCUAAGAUUCAGAAAUGGGAAGAGCAUGAGAACACGAAGGCGGAGGCAGAAAUGCGCAGUGUAGAGAUCAAAGCAGAGCACAUGUUAUCUCAGGCUCAUAAAAAACUGGCGAACAAGAUGGCCGCUCUGCAGCACCAGGCAGCGACUCUGAGAUUAGCAGCCGAAACACAAAGAGUAGAAGCUGCUGCCAAGGCAGCCAAAAAAGCCAAAGCCAUGAAGUCUACUGGCAGAUUCUUAAACUUUCUAAUCCUUCCUUCAUUUUGUAAAUAGCACAAUAAAGUCGUAGAACUUCGAAUUCCCGGUUGUUGAUGGAUUGAGUGCAUCUGUUUGUGCUUGGUGAUGAUGGAGGUAGUAACAAUUCAAAGCAUUUGUCCACUGUUGCCACAUCUGGAAAGGUGCAUCCUUGGAGGUGCUUGUGAUCACCAAGGGUUGACAAGACACCCUAUUGCUGCUAUGUCAAGAAGGCGAAUCGUUUAGCAACUUUUGAUAACUCCGCUUUCAUGCCCAGGGCUACAUGUGGCCUCCUUGUUUCCUAGUUUUGAUAUAUAAGUUGGAUUUUACUGA